AUGUCCACCGCAACCUCCGAUGAGAAACACGUGAACAGGCGGAGCAUCCUUCGCUCCAAGCGUGGUCGCAUUAUCUUGGCCGUAAUCGCCUUCAUUGUCAUUUGCGCCGCCGUCAUCCCAGCCGUCGUGGUGACUACCCUCCGCAAGAAAAACAAUAUGGGUCCCAAGUCCAAAGUCUUUGUGCCACUUUACGUCUACCCUGCUCCUGGAGCUUGGACUCCACUGGAAAAUGUCAUCUCGACCCAUCCGGAUGUCAACUUCACGGUGGUAAUCAACCCCGGAAAUGGUCCCGGACCAGACCAACUCCCGGACGCCAACUACACACGGGAGAUUCCCAACUUGGCAUCGUACGCUAAUGUCCGACUAUUGGGGUAUGUGCAUACAUCGUAUGCUCAGCGCAAUAUUUCGCUCUUGCGCCGGGACAUUGCGACCUACGCCGCCUGGCCAACGGUAUCAUCCAACCCCCAUCUGGCGGUCCGGGGCAUUUUCUUCGACGAGACACCACAGCAGUUCAGCGAUCAAGCUCUUGGCUAUCUGCAAAAUUUGACCGACUUGGUCAAAGGUCUGAAGGGAUUCGGUCCCAAUGGGUUUGUGGUACACAAUCCAGGGGCGAUUCCUGACUCGCGGUACCUGAGCUCUGCCGACUCGACCGUCGUGUUCGAAGGAACAUAUGGCAUGUUCCAGGAACGGCAGCGGGCUCAGCUCUUCGCAGGUAUCCCGAACAGCACUCGCGGCCAGCUGUGUGCCGUGAUCCACUCGGUUCCUGAGUCUCAGGAUGGGUCUGCGCUCCGUGGGUUGGUGAAAGACGCGAGGAACAUGGCGGACGAGAUUUUCAUUACUCAUCUCGACACGGACUACUAUGCGAAUUUUGGGGGCAAGUGGACCGAGUUUGUUGAUCUAAUGGCAGAAUAG